AAAAAAAACGAAACGAGUACUACAUUUGGCGAAUGAAACAGAACCACUUGACCGACACAAAUCCGAGAAGUGAGUAGUAGAAUAGAAGAAGAAGAAGAAGAAGCAAAACCCAUUUGGAACAAUACCUCAGCUCAUCAUCUAUCCAUUGCUUCUGAAUCGGGUAGUCUCUCCUUUCUUUGUUUGGUGGGUUUUUCCUUAUUCCACACCCAAACGUGAUUUUGAUGCAGGGAGGCCAAAGACCUCUGUUGAUGUGAAAUGGAAUGAAGGUAAAUCUUGAUUAUCAAGGCUAUGUGAAUACGAUUGUUUGUACUCACAUCGACCAGGGUGCAAAGGAUGUUGUCUGCAUGAGUGGCAGUAUUGAAAUUCAGAUGGGCAGUAAGAUCUGCAGUGUAGUGUCUCGAGGAGCAUCCAGUUCAUGUUGUUACCGACUGCAGCCAGGGAAAUCGGGAAAUAAAUUUGGUGGCUUAUCCCUCACCAAGAGUCGUCCAUCUGAAAUUGGUCAAACACCCCAUGGAAGCUGUUUCAGGUCUUGCUUCUCCACGGAUAUGGGCAACUCACGGUCAUUAACAGUUAAUGCUAGAAAACCUCAGAAACGAUGUCUAGAAAUUUCAUUGGCAUGUCAGGGUAUGAAAACGAGAUUUUUGGUCCCAAGACAAGGAAUGCUUCCCAAAAUCAAGUGUAAUGUGGGCCCAGUGUUGUGGCCACAAGGAUGUGCGUCUGCUGGUUUGAUUUUUGGGUUGCUGAUUUGUAAUUCUUCUGAGCCAACACAUGCUGAAGCAGCUUGUAAGACUGAUGAUAAGGAAUAUGACGGUGAUUUGUCAUAUUCACAUGGAAAAAAAGUUUAUACUGAUUAUUCUAUUAUUGGAAUACCUGGAGAUGGAAGGUGCAUGUUCCGCUCUGUUGCUCAUGGCGCUUGUUUACGAGCUGGAAAAUCAGCUCCUAGUCCAAGCCUUCAGAGAGAAUUAGCAGAUGACUUGAGAGCUAGAGUUGCAGAUGAGUUUAUCAAAAGGAGAGAAGAGACAGAAUGGUUUGUUGAAGGUGAUUUUGACACAUAUGUCUCCCAAAUAAGAAAGCCACAUGUAUGGGGAGGCGAGCCCGAAUUGUUAAUGGCUUCACAUGUUCUUGAAAUGCCGAUCACAGUAUACAUGUAUGAUGAAAAGGCUGGCGGCUUGAUAACCAUUGCUGAGUAUGGGCAAGAGUAUGGGAAGGAAAAUCCAAUCAGAGUUCUCUAUUAUGGUUUUGGCCAUUAUGAUGCAUUGCAUAUUCCGGGAAAGGGUGGUGGUAAAUCUAGGCUUUAACAUAUGUAUUUAACAAAGUUGGAAGAAUACCCCAUUAAUAAUAUCCAACAACCAACAUAUUUGCCUUGCAAGCUUUGUGUACUCUUUUUCGGCCAGAUAUAUGCCCAUUAUGUUGUAACUGUUCAUGUUUUCCUUGUUUGCCGAGAGUUUGUGUAAGGGAAGUGAUCUCCAGUCGUCGUGUACGCAUGGCCUUCCUUCUUUUUCAAUCUUCUCGUCUUUUCAGACAGUUGCAUCAUUUGUGUUGCUGUGAACCAAGAAGAAAAUUGUGGUCACUUUGUCAUAGAUUACUAGCGGAUCCUGCAUGUAUUUUCUAUA